CGCAAGCACACGGGCUUCACGGAAUCAUGUACUUCUUCCUAAAUUAGCACUGGACGGACUGAAGCUUCGAUACAGUGCGUCCAUCACUACUUUAUUGGAGUCGAACAUCAUCCAUUCGAAUCUCCGCGUCCGGUUCAACUCGUCUCGGUUCACUUGGAAGCUUCUCGGCGUUGUUUAGCUUAGCUUAGCGUAGUUUAGCUUGCUAGCCGCUAACGGAGGAGACGUCAGUUGUUGUGAUUAGCGUGCGAAAAUGUUCGCAACAACCACAGCUGAGUACGCGGAGGAACUUUAUGGAGCAAAAGAGGAGAAAGGGCGUCAACGUCGACUACCCGACGCGUUUCCCAAGCAUCCUCGAGCUUUGUUGCACGCAGCAGACGUCAGGGAAAAAUAUCUCGGUCCCGAGCAGGAGGAGCCCGAGUUCCCUGAUGUCAAAGAGGAGGACAAAGAGCCCCGUCACAUCAAAACGGAGGAGGCGGAGGAGCCGCUCGACGUCAAAGAGGAGGAGGAUUUCACAGAGAUGCCAGUGACUUGUUUCGUUUUGAAGAGUGAAGAUGAAGGGCAAGCUGAGGAGAACAGAUGGGCGGAGCCUCCAAGCAGCAGCUCAGGUCAACGCAUGACAACGGAAGGCGACGCUAACCACUGUGGAGGAUCACGAGCAGACAGCCACUUGGCUCCAAUUUCCGACAGUGACGACAUAACGUCACACUCUCAUGACACUGAUGAUGAUGAUGAUGACGACGAACAGUCUGAAGGUGGUUUGACAUCGAACGCUAACAAACGCUGGAAAUGUUCCCAGUGUGGGGAAACGUUUGUAUCCAAGUCUCUUUUGAAAACACAUCUGAUACGUCACACUUUAGAAAAACCUUUUGCGUGCUCAGAUUGCGGCAAAAUGUUUUCUCAUAAGGGACACUUGAAUACACACACAAGAAUCCACACUGGCGAGAAACCUUUUGCCUGCUUAAUCUGUGGUCAGAGAUUCUCUCAGAAGGGAACCUUAAAAACACACAAAGGAACUCACACUGGCGAGAAGCCUUUUGCCUGCUCAGUUUGUGGUCAAAGAUUCUCUAUAAAGGGAAGCUUAAAAAUACACACUAGGACACACACGGGAGAGAAACCGUUUUCCUGCUCAAUGUGUGGAAAAAGAUUUGCUCAUAAAGGAAGCUUAAGAUCACACAUAAGAACACACACUGGUGAGAAACCUUUUGUCUGCUCAGUUUGUGGUCAAUCAUUCUCUGAAAAGGUAUACUUAGAUAUUCAUAGAAGAAGUCACACUGGCGAGAAACCUUUUGUGUGCUCAGUUUGCGGUCAAAGUUUUUCUCAGAAGGUACACUUGAGAAGACACACAAGAAUGCAUACUGGAGAGAAACCUUUUGCCUGCUCAGUUUGUGGUCAAAGAUUCUCUGAGAAGGGAACUUUAAAAACACACACAAGAACACACACUGGAGAGAAACCGUUUUCCUGUUCAGUGUGUGGGCAAGGAUUUUCUCUGAAGGGAAACUUAAGAAGACACACAAGAACACACACUGAAGAUAAAACUAUUGCCUGUUCAGUAAGCAAUCAAAGAUUAUCUCAUAAGGGAGCCACAGGAACACACACUAGAGAGAAACACUUUGCCUGCUCAUUUUGUGGGCAAAAAUGUGCUCAUAAGGGCAGCUUAACAUCACACACAUUAACGCACACAGGCGAGAAACCUUUUGCCUGCUCACUUUGUGAGCAAACAUUCUCAACAAAGGGAGUCUUAAAUAGACACAUUAGAACACACACUGGUGAGAAACCUUUUGCAUGCUCAGUUUGUGGUCAAGGAUUCUCUGAAACGGGAAGUUUAAAAAUACAUAAUAGAACCCACACUGGUGAGAAACCUUUUGCCUGCUCAGUUUGUGGUCAAAAAUUCUCUCGGCAGGGAACCUUAAAAAAUCACACAAGAACACACACUGGUGAGAAACCUUUUGCCUGCUCAGUUUGCAGUCAAAAAUUCUCUCGUAAGGGAACCUUAAAAAUACACACAAGAAUGCACACUGGCGAGAAACCUUUUGCCUGCCCAGAUUGUGGUAAAAGAUUCUCUCGUAAGGAACAGCUUAAGAAACACAAGUGUGCUGGUGAGAAUAACAGUGAUCAAUGAAGAUUUAAUAAUUUAUUUAAUAAAUUUUUGAGAUAUUUAAGAAUGAAGGCAAUUACUCUUACUCUGAUUUUAAAUAGCCUACACUCUUGUCCUCUUGGCUCCUGUGGACAAGUGUUGAGAAUUUACACUAAAUAACUAAAAGCAAUAUAUCGAGAAUGUUCAAUUUUAUUUUUUUAUGUCCAUAUCAAGUGAAUGAUUGGUUGAAAUAGACUUUGAAUAAACUAUAACUCUAUAAUGGAAAAGUGUUAAUCUAAUUCUGAAUAAAGUACAGCUCUUUAAACAGUGAUAGUACCUCAAUUAACUUAACUUUCCCCAUUGAAAUGUCACGAAUUCCCCCCCCCCCCCCAAACGCCAUAUUUGUUGUUAUGUGUUGUUGAUGAGGAAAAAUAGCACUAUAUUGUAUAAUGAUAUA